GUUGGAACUGGUUCGGCCUGAUCUGCAUCACGGACCAGGUAUAUAUACUGUAGACAGACUGGUACAUAUAGACAUGCCGGGCAUAGCGCAAGCAACGAGGACGACAACGCUCCUGCGGGCAGCGUCGCAACGACCGUCACUGCUGUUGGGCGGCGGGAGAAUGGUGCUGCCCGCAACCGUUGCGUUCUACGCGACGAAGACCAAGAAGGGAAACGCUGCAAAACCGGCUCCGAAAAAGCCUGUAUCGAUUCCAAAACCGGCUAUCCCCAAACCCGCUGGCAAGCGGGUGAUCCCUGAAAUGCCGAAACCAUCGGGUGAACGAACGGCAACAUGGCCUGCGGAAAAGCUGCAGCCGCUGCCGCAAACGCAUGCGGAACAACAGGUGACGGAGCAGGAGCCGAUUGUAGCUGCAAAGGCGACGGCGACGGCUGAACGAAAGGCAACAGCGGCUUCGACGCCUACGCCCACGCCAACAGCAAAAGCAAAACCAGCAUCGCGGCCGGAAAAGCCAAAGGUAGAAGCAGAGGCCCCAAAACCAACUCCCACUCCAACCUCUGCGCCGGAAGCGAAGAAGACGUCAUCACCAACACCCAAACCUACCGCCGUCAGACCCGCUUCACCAACCCCCGAACUCACCCCUCGCAAACUCGAAUCCGACGCCGCAGUAACCCCCUUCCUCCGGCGCACCUUCAUUCAACCCUACAUAACCCUCUGGGACGGCACGCGCGACAUCUACUGGGCUCUAGUCCACUACGUCCCGCAAUACUUCGACAUCAGCAUCGCGCAACGGGGAGCGAAACUCACCGACCGUAGAGAUAUCCGCGACAUGUACCGCUUGAAACGCGAUUGGCUGAGGGCGAUUCCUGCUACUCUGCUGUUUUUGCCGCCGUUCAUGGCCCCGCUUUUGCCGUUCUUUACGAAGCGGUUCCCGAGGCUGUUUCCGACCGUUUUCGUGCACAGCGAUAUCCAAAUCGCCCACACCCGCCGGGAAGCUGAAUCCCGCGAACACCUCAAACCCGCAGUCAUCCCCGCCAUCAACGCCGCCAUAACAUCUUCCCUUUCCUCCUCCCCAACCGACGCAGCCACAACCUACGACCGCGAACUCCAAAUGCUCGCCCGCCGCUGGUCCCGCAUCGCCUCCUCCCCAACCACCACAACCGUAACCGAAGCCGACCUCCUUUCCCUCCUCCCCCUGAUCCGUGAGCAUGGAGCCCUCGUGACGAUGACGAAGGAGCAGAUUGGGCCGUUGGUGAAGUUUGCGACGCGGAAGGGGGCGUGGAGAAGGGUAGAUGCUCAGGCGAAGUUGUACGCGUGGGCGGAUUGGGUUGUUAAGGAUGAUGCGCUACUGAGGAUGCGCGGCGGUGUGAGUGGGUUGAGUGAGUUGGAGCUUGUUGAGGCGUUGAAUGAACGAGGUAUGUUGUCUUCACCUCACCCCCCUCCAUCCACCUCUCUCUCUCUUAUAUAACCCUCCUCUUUCCAAAUUUGCAGCAUUCACAAACCUCCCAACAUCCCCCACCGACCUCGCAACGCUCUUAUCCGCCCACCUCCGCUUCACCGCCCGCCUCACCGCCCAAAUAACAACAACCCAAACAACCCUCGCUAAAAAACACGCGGAAAUCGAUGCCGCGGACGCCCUCGACCGCGCUGAACGUGCACGGAAGGAAAGGGAGGCGAGGGGGAUGAGUACCGCGGGGAGGGUUGUUGAUGUUGAUGUUGGGAAUAGAGGGGGGAGUGGGGUGGGGGGACAAGGGGUCGGAGGGGAGAUGAUGGCGGAGGAUGUUAC